AUGGAAAGUCAACUGCAACAGUUUGACGCGAGGAUGAAGGAUAUAGAAGCAAAAUUGGAAAAGCUGCAAGAUCCGCAGACUACUGCUGGGCCAACAAACUUGAGUGGAAAUUCAGAGGUACGUUUUUUUUUUUCAAACCAGUCAAAGAUUUUUCCUCUUCUCCCAGCAGACAAGAUUCAAUCCAGCCCGAAUCGAGAGCCGAGGAAGGCAGAUAGGUGGGCGGGACGCGUAGCGUACACGUACGCGGUUCUUGACACGAAUUCAAUUCAAACGUCACCGGCUUGUUUAAAAUGCUCUCGAACCGCUCUUUUUGUAUCUAUACUUCUCUUUUUCUAAUGCACAGGUUUGCUUUACGUCGCUGGCGGUUGGAUUGAACUUUUGUCAAGACCGCGUAUAGUUUGUUCAUGUUUUGAACGUCAAGUACAAUGACGUCAUUCGAAAACGCUCUGUGGAUGGCUCGCUCUCUGAUUCGUUUAUCGAGCCAUUAGGGGCGGAGCUUUAGAAGUGACUUGACAUUUAAAAUCUGAACAGACUAUACGCGCCCUUCUCCGCCUCCCUGCCCUUUCAAGUCGCGUAAAAUUGACUAUACGAGAAAGUCUGAAAAACUUUGAGAAGCUUCUGAAAAUGGGUGCUGACGUAAACGCCAAAGAUAAUGUCUCAUUUUCUCUUUGAAAGGGAGACGAUUUUUUCAAUUAUUACAAAAAGUCCGCACGGCUUUUUCUCAUAUAUAUUCUGUGUGCCACGACUUGAAAUUCCACUGAACGACAUUCCGCUCUACCGCUGCGUGCGUUCGCGAAGCGUUUUUCGAAUCCUGGUCGCGAUUUCAAUCGAUUGUCAUUGCUGCGGGAGCACAUGAAAGAGAGUACCUUAGUAAAAAAAAAGGACAAAAAUUAAAAGCGCGACCAAGGUUCGCAAAGGCGCGCUGCGGAAUGUCGUUAGGUGAAACUCCAAGUCGUGGUACACAGACUAGAGCUGACCGUUUAUUUCAGGUCUCCAAGGAAAUAUUAACAAAGUUGGUGAAGUCUGGCGCUGAUAUCAACAUUGUCGACAAGAAUGGAGAAACCCCGUUAAUUGCGGCAGCCUUCAAUAAUAAUACAACUGCUAUUAAAACACUGAUAGAACUCGGCGCCGAUGUUAACUUCACCGCAAGAAAAGUAUUUUUUAUUUAUUUCCAAUGAUGCGUGAGUUGUGGAAAAAAAACUGUCUUCUUCUGAAAAAUCGAGUUUGCUUUUUUGUACUUUGGUGGGCAACUCGGGCCUGCACCGUGCAAUAUCGGAGAGGUUGAAUAAUUCGUAUUUUGUAGGACCUUUGCACACCGUUGCAUCUGACGGUUUAUAAUGGAAACACAUUAGCAACGUCUCUACUCUUGGAGAAAGGAGCCGACUUUCAUUUGAAAGACGCAGUGGGCCGAACACCUUUAUGCGUAGCUGCGCGUUAUCGCCCCGAAGGAAUCGCUGACUACACCGUUAUUUGA